AUGCACCACAUCACCAUCUUAGGACUUAUAUUCCUCCUCACAAACAUUGUCCGCGCAAACGUGGAGAAAACAAUCUUCCUCGCUCCAGCAGCAGUCACUUUUCCAUCAAGAGAGGCAGCUCUAGAUGACCUCGGUCUAGAACGGCUCUCACCAGAGAACCACAUCGUGCGAGCACAGCUCAAUGCUUCGUUCCCUACCACCGAGGCACCGGAGGGUACGGAGUCGUGGUUCUUUCUUGAGAAUUUGAAGCCUGGUCAGCGGUACGAGGUGAGGCAACCUACAUCUUUCAAACUCUCAACACAUUCCCUCUCAACGACAAUAGAGGACAAAUCCCUCUUCUCAUCUCUAAGCAUCUUCUCCACAGCCCGUCUCGCAGCACUAGACACGCAACUCCAAGAAAAUGCUGCACGCAGCGCAUCAAGUCGCAAGAGAGGAGAAACAUCCCCAGAUACAGCGCUAACGACGGACUCGGUGCUGUUUCUGCGAGUCCAGGCUGCGGCAGACUAUUUUAGUCAUAAGGAGUCUUUGAUGAAGACUGUGCCGGCUGUUUCUGUGGAUUUGAUUUUGGAUCCAUUCUUGUGGAAUGUUUUCCCUAGGUCGCUUGUUUGGACUGCGGGGUGGAUUGCUGUUGUUGCUGUUACUGCUGGGCUUGUGGCGAAGUGGAUUGGUGGGGAGAUUGGGGGGUUGAUUGAGGGAACGAGGAAGCUUAGGGAUAAGGAUGAUGGUGCGGAUAAGAAGGAGCAGUAA